AUGAGUGAACACGUAGGUAUACGUGUACAAUGUUCACACGUGGAUGUAUACGUUUACGUGUACGGUGAACACGUAGAUAUACGUGUACAAUGUUCACACGUGGAUGUAUACGUUUACUGUGAACACGUAGGUAUACGUGUACAAUGUUCACACGUGGAUGUAUACGUUUACUGUGAACACGUAGGUAUACGUGUACAAUGUUCACACGUGGAUGUAUACGUUUACUGUAAUGCACACUCAGUUCACUCCUGCAUCGCGUCCGUGGCCUCGUUUCCGUGCACACGGACGCGGUACACAGACGUAUGCGGCGCGCCAUGGUUGCUCAAAAACUCCACCCGCACAGCCCGCAUCACCCCCUCGCCCCCAACCACAAAGCUCUGCAUGUGGCUCUUUCCCUCUCCGUACUCGAACACAAACUCGCCGAGGCCCACCUCCUCGUCAUCGACGGUAAUCCCAGUGACGCGGAAGCGCCGCGGCGCGCUCAGGCUGGAGAACACGGAGCGCUCGGGCGUGUGCUCCAGCGUCACGCUUCUCACGCGCACGGGCCGCGCCACGCGGAUCGUCAGGCUCCCCCGCUCACCCGGGAACGCCCAGCAGUUGCCCGGGAGCACGUCCGCCGUCAGCGCCAUGCGCGGCCGGUUGGGCAGCAGCGGCGUGAACGCGCGCCGCCGCACCACCGCCUCCACGUACUCGCGCGCGAACCGCGCGUACACCCGCGCCACCGACGGCUCCGACGCCACCACGCCGCCGCCCACGGACGCCAGCGCAUAA